AGAGAGAGAGAGAGAGAGCUUUGCUCAUUCCAGCAGGGCUUAGGGCUUCUGGCCAUCUGUCCACACUUUGGAAUCAACUGACAAAUAGGGGGACCACACUAAAGCUGGCAGGAACAGGAGAAGGACUAUUUACUGGGGAAAGUAAAGUAUCCAAAGAGCUCAGCAGGUGUCCUCAUACAAUUUGUGUUGGAGCUCAGAAGAGAACUUUUAGAAAAGCUUCUUCCUCCCUUGGCUGAGAGGUGGGAUUACGCCAUUGGUGUCCAAGGAUUUCUCCUUCUCAGAAGUACAGUAGGGCUGGAUCUGUCAUUUUUAUAGAAAUAACACAGCCUACCAACCCUGAACCAACACCUUCAAAAUGAAUAUAAAUAUGAUCACAAUGAAUAUAACUGGGAAGGAUGGGAAAGUCUCAGAAGGAGGCCUCAACGUCACAUUGACAAUACGGCUCUUAAUGCACGGAAAGGAAGUUGGAAGCAUUAUUGGAAAGAAAGGCGAAACAGUUAAAAAGAUGAGAGAAGAGAGUGGUGCUCGAAUCAACAUUUCCGAGGGAUCAUGCCCUGAGAGGAUUGUCACAAUUACAGGCCCCACAGAUGCCAUAUUCAAAGCUUUUUCCAUGAUUGCACUUAAAUUUGAAGAGGACAUAAAUGCUUCAAUGACAAACAGCACAGUGACAAGCAAACCACCUGUGACGCUCAGGCUUGUGGUCCCAGCCAGCCAGUGUGGCUCAUUGAUAGGAAAAGGGGGAUCCAAGAUAAAAGAGAUCCGAGAGACUACAGGAGCUCAGGUUCAAGUGGCAGGGGACAUGCUGCCAAACUCCACAGAGAGAGCUGUAACAAUCUCAGGCACUCCAGAUGCCAUCAUUCAGUGUGUGAAACAGAUCUGCGUGGUCAUGCUUGAGUCUCCACCCAAAGGUGCUACCAUUCCCUACCGCCCCAAACCAGCCUCAGCGCCCAUCAUAUUUGCAGGAGGCCAGGUCAGAGCAGACACCAUCUUGGCAUCAGCAGGAAACCAUACAGUCUUGGCACAGCCACAGCCAGCACCUACCUUUACAAUUCAGGGGCAGUACGCUAUUCCUCAUCCCGAUUUGACCAAGCUUCACCAGUUGGCUAUGCAGCAUAACCCUUUUACUCCCCUUGGGCAGACCAACCCUGGUUUCCCUGGACUGGAUGCCACAGCUCCAACUAGUUCCCACGAGCUCACAAUUCCAAAUGAUUUAAUAGGUUGUAUAAUCGGCAGACAAGGCAGCAAGAUAAAUGAAAUCAGGCAGAUGUCAGGGGCACAGAUUAAAAUUGCCAAUGCCAUUGAGGGCUCCGCAGAGCGACAGGUCACAAUAACAGGAUCACCCGCAAACAUCAGCUUAGCACAGUACCUCAUUAAUGCAAGCUUAGAGAUGGCUAAAAUCAGCACCCAGACUGCUACCGUCUCGACCCCUGUUGACCUCAACAUGAACCUCUCUCAGUCUGCCACCCCUACCUCCACCCCUUCCUCUAUGGCUGUCCUGGCAGCGGCGGCCGCCGCCUCUGCCGCCGUCAACGUCAAUACCCCUCCCCCUUUACCGACCACCCACUAUGCCGUUCCUGUCUCCAGUCUGCUUGGCAUGAAAACUGUCCCACUCCUGGCGCUAAACGCCGCGGCCGCAACGGGGGCCACAGGGAGUUUAUCUGCUUAUACUGCUAAAAUCCCAUCGACGGGUGGGGUUAAGAAAUCUGACCGCCAGAAGUUUGCUCCAUAUUGAGAAGGGAUGAAAGAAUGCAAGGUUUUACUUCCCUACCAUGAUCCUGUGGUAGAUCUUUAUAGUAUCCAAGGAAACAGAAGCCCUUACUCUUUAUUUAUUUUAAUUUUAUUUUUUACAAAUGAUUUAAUAAAAUAGAUAAGCUAACCUGCUAUUUUGUAUAUGUUUUCACCUCAAAAUGUCUUCCAUUCUUCAUUGCUUAACUAAAUUGAAUGGGCUAUUUCCAACAGCACAAUGCCAGGUGCUUCACAUUGAUUUGUAAAUUUAAUAUUGAGUAUUCUUUGUCUGCCUUUAUCGAGCAGAUCCUCCAGUUUUUCCAUUAUACCCUGAAUAUUUCUUCUGAUAUACAUUACUGUAGUGAGUUGAAAAAAAAAAGAAAACCUUUCGUUUCAUACAUCUGCAAAGAGACUUGGUUUAUCUCUGAUGCAGACACACACAGACAUUUUUCGGGUAAUGGAUGUGAAAAAGUCAUCUCUGGUCUUGGAAAAACUACAGUAUUUUUUUUCCCCUCACUGACAAAUUAUACCCUACAACUAUGUGAUCACUUUUGCAACUUAGACAUUCUGAAAACUAGGCAGUUGGUGAUAGUAAAUUGUCAAGAAAAAACCUUAUCCACAGAAAACUUGAUUUAUUUUUUACUUAAAUAAAGAAUUCAAUAUCUUUAACUCAAAAUUCAAAGUACAAAUUCAAAAUUUCAAAACACAAAGUACAGUAUUAAACUAAACUACACCAGAAUUACAUCUUAAGCCAAGUCCACAAUUCCAAAAUUCUAAAUAUUGAAUUCCAGAACCUCCAGAAAGCUGAGAAAAGAAAUCAAAAAUAAAUAUCUAAAUAAAUUAAACUACUAGAACUGGACACAUACAGAAAAGUGAAGCAAAACAGUUACAAGAGCUAAUGCCACAGCAAAAUGGCCCUGGCAGUAGGUAUCUUGAAUAGGAUUGAAUCGGGCAACACCAAGGUUAGGUUAAGGGAGUAUGGACAAAGAGAAAAGACAAAAUAUAAACCAAGAGCAAUGAAGAAAGGAUAUAAAUUUUAAAAACAACAAAACAAAAACAGCAGUCCUGACACACUGGAAUUUUUAUGCUGCUCUUGUCUGAAAAAAAAAAAAAAGACUGUCGUCGUGACCAUAUUACAGACAAAGAUGCUGCCUUUUGGGUGCAAAGCUCCAAAUGGAAUCCUAAAACACAAACACAUUAUAUCAGAAGAUACACUACAGAGACAGGCACAAGCAGAUUACUCAGUAACUGUAUUAAUGGAAACCAAAGUUGCCAGUGCCACACUCACCAUAAAAAUGCCUCACUUUGGAGUUUUGUGUGUAUUUAGUGAAAGUGGAUAUUUUGUUAUAGUCCAAAUAUUAAACAGGACUGUUGCAGAAAAAAAAAAAACUGGACAUCUGGUCAUCCUAUAUUAUGUUACAACCAUUUCUUUACGGUGUUCACAUUUGUAAACUUGCUAGUUGAAGUGUUAUUCACAGAGUUAUCGUAGCUUGGUAGAAAUAGCCUCCUAAGAAUGAAAUCUUAAGUUGAAACUCAAAACUUUGGGGAAGCAUUAAGAGUAGUUAGAAAUGGAGCAAGGGUCCAGUCCCGCUAAGUUGAGAAGCGCUACUAAAAAGAGUUCCUAACUUUGAGUAUCCUUUCCCUUAACUAAACUUAAAUUUCUGAAGGUCGCCGUGAAGUUUUGUUUUUAAUCCCAAAAUGUGGACGACAAAAAUUGUGCGCUGCCAUUAUAAAUAGCUGUGGUGUGCACUUAUCACCAAAAAACACAAAUUGACAACAAGCAUUAAAAAAACAAGCAAGAUGGCAUUAAGAUAAAUAAAUAACUAUUAGAAUUCCUAAAAUGACAAGAAAUAUUACAAUAUAAGGUUUGCGAAAAACCGUCAUGACAGCUUGAAAACAAAGCAAGGCUUAAUCCAUCUUUAUACUACAUGGUGUCGUUCACAAUAUACAUUGUUUCAUAGUGUUUUAUAAAUCAGCUGCAUUUAAAUAAAAUUAUUAAAAAUAAGACCCCCAUUUCUAGAUUUGCUAAAGUGAUGGCAUAUUUGUGUGUGGUCAGACAUGUAUCUUUGAAAGCAAA